UCAGUGUUGUGUUAAAGUAAUUCCUAUAAUUAAGUUACACUAAACCAAUAAUUCUAUGGGAAGCAAUGUGAGAUGAAGAAGGGAAAUGUAUUUUUAAGACCAUAUGAUAAUUAAAUCUGCAUAGAACCAUAAGUAAAGAUCUCUAGAUAUACUGUAGGACAUAAAUAUACUCUGGUUUUGCUUUUUACUCUGAAUUUGUGUUUGAUAUGUUUUUUACUCCCUCUACCUCACUGAAAGAUCCCAAAUGUAUGAAUAUACAAAUAUUUCAGAAGUUAAACUGCUGGAAACAAGAUGUCUCCUACGUCACUGAAAAGUCCAUUCUCAGUGUGCUGCUUCAUGUUUCCACAUCACAAUUGUGUAAGUUGCAUACUGCACCACGACUGGCCACCAAACUAGUUGUGAUGUCACAAAACCAUACUCCUAUGUACACGUCUUAAACUCUUAAUUAAGGUGAGCACAGACAUAUUGAAAGUAGAGACGAUGACGUGACUACAGAGCAGGACUAUACAUUUAUAUGAUGCCGUUAAAAUGGAGCUUUUAAAAAGAGGUUAUGUGGGGGUUUUCCAUGUAUGAAUGCGGUGCCUUGACUGAACUUGCCCCUGGCUCCACCCUCCGUUAGUCAGCCAGUCUAGGCAACUACGUGUUAAGACUGGUUCCUUUAACGUGCAAGGAUAGAGAGGAGGAGGAAAUAUUAUUAUCUGGAGGAAUAAAGCAGCUACACCGCCGUCGCAAGUUCGUCAGCUUUAACCUCUAACCGGCAUCUUCCCUUGGAGAGAAAACAUCCCGAAAAGGCUGGUUUCCUGUGCGUUUUCCGACUUGGAUGAAGUUCUGCAUGGAAACAAAUGAUAUUUGAACCCGCAGACAGGAGCGGAGAGAGGAGGUGGGUGUCUGACACAAGCCUGUGUGUUGCUGUUCUUGUUCUUUUAUGUUAUUUUAUAUAAGUCUGUUUGGUCGUGACGAAGGUGGAAAAAAAAUAACCCACUUGUUGCUGCUGUUGCCGCUGCGUGAUCUAAAUCUCAUUCAAGUUUCAGAGAGAUCUUAAAGGCUUAAUCCGGGAACAAAAGCAAGUUCUUGAGGCAACAAAGACCGGACAUAUAAACAGAAAAAAGACAAAAGUAAUAUUAGUACAAGUAUGGCGUUAAAGGCCAGAGUGUUAUACGACUUCCAGUCUGAAAACCCAGGGGAGAUCUCCAUAACAGAGAAUGAGCUGGUGACUCUGUUCAACGAGGAGGAGCUGGAGGGCUGGCUGGAGGGGGAGAACAGCAGGGGGGAGGCUGGCCUCUUCCCUGCCUCCUAUGUGGAGAUCAUCAGGGACCACAUCACCUCCAACACCAACAACGGUUUCUCCUCGCCCAAAACCAAAGCCCUGACGCCCACCCACACUACCUACAUGUCCUCGGACACCCAGUCUCAGCGAGGACUCGGGGCCGGUGGUAGUGGUAGCGGCGGGGGCAGCUUCCACACCAGCCAGGGCAGUGAUGACGACUGGGAAGACGACUGGGACGACAGCUCUCCUGCGACCGAUGUGCCUCAGGGUCUCGGCAGCACGCCCCCCUUGUACCCGGUGACGUCUUCCUUGCCUGGGCGACGUGAGCGCACCCAGCAGCAUCAGCAGCAGGCCAAGAGCUCAGCAACAGUGGGGAGGAACCUCAACAGGUUCUCUACCUUCGUCAAGUCCGGAGGGGAGGCCUUCCUGCUUGGGGAGGCCUCUGCUUUUGUGAAGGACGGGGACAGGAUCUGUGUGGUGAUGGGGAAGCAUGGGCCGGAGUGGCAGGAGGACCCGUAUCCAUUCAUGUGCACCAUUGAUGAUCCCACCAAGCAGACCAAGUUCAAAGGCAUGAAGAGCUACAUGUCCUACGGCCUGACCCCAACGCACACCAAUGUACAAGUCAACCGCAGGUAUAAACACUUCGACUGGCUGUACGCUCGGCUCGUGGAGCGUUUCCCGGUCAUCUCGGUGCCCCACCUGCCAGAGAAGCAGGCCACCGGCCGCUUCGAGGAGGACUUCAUCUCCAAGCGGAGAAAGGGACUGAUCUGGUGGAUGAACCACAUGACCAGCCACCCGGUGCUGGCUCGCUGUGAUGUUUUCCAGCAUUUCCUGACAUGCGGGGCAGAUGAGAAGGCCUGGAAACAAGGCAAGAGGAAGGCAGAGAGGGACGAUCUGGUUGGGGCCAAUUUCUUCCUCACAAUUAGUACACCUGCUGUCCCGCUGGACCUCCAGGAAGUGGAGAGCAAGAUCGAAGGCUUCAAGACCUUCACCAAGAGGAUGGAUGAGAACAGCGUGGUCGUGAACACCACCAUCAACGAGUUCGCUCGCAAACAGGUAACGGGGUUUAAGAAGGAGUACCAGAAAGUCGGACAGUCCUUCAAACUCCUGGCACAGGCGUUCGAGCUGGACCAGCAAGCCUACUCAGCUGGCCUGAACAAAGCCAUCGCCGACACUGGCGAGGCCUACGAGGCGAUAGGAGAGUAUUUCGCAGAGCAGCCGCGCCAGGACCUGGAUCCCAUUUCUGACCUUCUGGACCUCUACAGAGGACACCUGGCCAAUUUUCCUGACAUCAUCCAUGUGCAGAAAGGUGCACUGACCAAGGUGAAAGACUGUCCAAAGCAGGAAGGUGAGCUCCACGACCGCUGCAACAUCAUUUCCUGCGCCACGCUGGCAGAGAUCCAACACUUCCACCGCACGCGUGUACGGGACUUCCGCACACAGAUGCAGCACCACCUCCGUCAGCAGAUCGGCUUCUUCCAGAAGAUCACCGCCAAGCUGGAGGACACGCUUCAGAGAUAUGACGAUGUCCAAUAGGAAGAGAGGGAGAAAACUGAGAAUUUGGACUACAAAGGCCUUGAGGAAACUGGGGGAAGCUUGAAGAGAGGGCCAGACAGAAAUGAUUGAUGGGUUCGUCCUACAGUAAUGGAGAACAUCUUAUCUUCCUUUAAGAGAGAAAAUGUUUUGAUGUAAUGGAUGAAAGAAAUAUACCACUCUUUUAAAAAAUAUAGGCCACUGGACUGUAGAAUGACAACUUCUUGGAUUAUCUUGACGGCUCUGAUGAAUGUACCAGUAACAGAGAUUUUGCUGACGCUCCAGGCACAUCUUGCAACUCAGCGGGACUGCGACAGAUAUUAAAAACAGCUGCUCUCAAUAUGACGGCGCUGCCUCUCGAUUCCCGGUUUCAGGGUCACGUGAUCUCUCCAUGCCUCCACUGCCUUGCCACUUCAUGGAAAUCCUCCAUUCGGGAACACGGUAACUUGACAGAAGCCUAGAGAUUAAAACUCCCCAAAUCACUCCCCAAACUGGAUGUUUUAAUGAUUGAAAGACAGGACUCAAUGAAUUUAAUUAUUUUUGUUAUCUGUUUUUACUUGAAUGACCUGUUCAGUAUUGUUUUGUUGGGACAUGACAGCACGUAAGUGAUUGUUUGUGAAUAUGGAAAGAUUCAAACUGGGCAUAAUCUACUCUGUUGAAUUAGUUUAAUAGUUUCAUUACAGCUUGAAAUUUGACCUACUUCUGAUGUCUAACAUCUCACUUCUUUACCAUAUUAUAAUUAAGCCCUGUGUUCUGCAUUUUAGUUUACAGUUGCCUGACCUAAACAAAUAAUUGAUCUCAGACUGAUUUUAUGUUUUGACUGUCUCUGCUUGUUUUGAGAAGCUGCUCCACAGUUCUUUUUCUUUGGGUUACUGCAGGCAUUGAGGUUAUUAAAACCCAAAGUCCACAUGAGUCUUUCUGCUUUCCCUCAAUCUGGGGAGGUCAGAGGUCAGGCUCAGGGUACAGGCACUUCAACACGAUGGAUGCUUCCUGGCAUUGAAGCUUUAAAGCCAGAUCUACCAGUUUAAAGCCACUGUGUGUUGACUUUUGUGAUUAUAGCAUAUUUCAAAUUCUUCGGAGAGGGCAUCGGUUUUUUUAUUGUUAAAAAGUGAAGACAAUCUUGGUGAAAAUCAGUCUAUGUGUUUCUUUCACCACAUUCUUCUUAGUGUCUCCGAGAAGGCACGACAGCGCUGUCUUUUUUGAUAUUACCACUUGAGGACGCCAAAAUCGGAAAUGUUCAAAUUCUACAUAUAGUGGCUUUAAGGAUGGUUGCUCUUCUUGGUAUGCUAACAUGCUACUCUAAAAUAUUCUUGUUAAACCAAUAAGUAACCAAUUUUGCACUUGCAUAGAGUAUUUCUGGUAAAUGUCGUAACAUCAGGUGUGACUUCACAUUCCCUUCCUGGCAUUUAACUUUACAAGACUUAUAAUAGGAUAAACCACCAGUCUUCAGAAACACAUAAUUCACUAUGAUGUCACUGUUUCUAAACACUUUUAAUGUAACACAACGGAACAGCAUUUCAGUAGAUAAAUGAAAGUAGAAUUUAUUUCAAUCAUAUAUCUGUAUUUUUGACUGUUGUCCCAAAAUAUAACUUAUAGUUUCACUUGA